UUUCCUCACUACACGUGAGGCAAAAAUCCUUAAAACGUGAAACAAUCCGAUAUUCACUUGGUUUUUCUUCUUUUUUUGUGAAAUUCAUAUCAAUAAAUUGUAUUUUUUUCAAAUAAUUUCGCUUUCCAUUUUCAUGCAGCAAGAAAGGACCAUUAUUACCACGGACUACUUUACUACUACGCAUGACCCGCGAACGCGCCAGUCACGUCAGCACUUACUGAGGCGUCACCGCUACCGGGGCAUCGCGGAUGAAGUUUAGCGGGCGGUGCCCGCUGGAGUUGACCCGGGAGCUCUUGGGGCUGAUCAGCAUUAUCAUCGCUUCAUCAUGGCCGACGCGGAGGUAACCCGAGGCAAAAAGAGAGCCAGUUCUGCUGACAGUCAGCCCGCCCAGAACCAGGACCAAGGGCCAGCGAAGAAGCAUGCCAAGACUGUCUUUUCCUUGCAGGACCGCCUCCAACUUAUCCACAACAUUCAGGAGCAGGCCCCUAAGACAGACAAACACUCCUACAAGGUCUGCAUCUCCAAAAUCGACUGGAGCAAGAUUGGUUUCGGUGACUUCUCUGCCGAGGCCUGCCAGAAGGAGUGGGACGUCAUCCAAAAUGAGAUUCGUAAAUACCGCACCAUGGCAGAGGUUACUGCAGAUGCCCUACAGGUGGUUCAGAACCCAUUCUCGCAUCGCAAGCUGGUGCACCCUGACCUUCCCAAGCAACCUUUGACCCCAUUCUUCAUGUUCUACUCGGAGAAGGCCAAGAAAUUCAAGAAGAAGCACCCAGACAUGCCCCAGUAUGAGAUAUCCCGAAACCUGGCCCUCAAAUUCAAGGAAUUGCCGGAACACAAAAAGGCCAAAUACAACCAGAAGUAUGGUGAUCAGAGGCUGAUGUACCAAAAGGAAUUGGCUGCAUUCUUGGCGGAGCAUCCAGAGUACAAGAAGGACUCCCGGCAUGGAGGGGGUGGGCCCAAGCCCCCUAAACUGUUGAACCCUUACCAACUCUGGGCCAACAAAAGAUUUGAGGCUUUACAGCGGGAAGAUCAUGAGCAGGUGACCCGGGGUCAACUGGACGCCCAGCUGCGAGAGGAGUGGAAGAGUAUGCCUGACAAGAAGCGAGUCAAAUGGAUCAACAAGGCACUGGAGGAACAAAUCAAAUAUGGGAAAGAUAUUGAGGAAUACUUGGAACAGAACCCCAACUUCAAGGUCCCUGAAAUCAAGAAGCCCUUGCUGACCAAGAAAGAGCUGAAACUGAAGGAGGGGAUGGAUGGCAAGCCGUCAAAGCCACCAGCCAAUGCGUACAACCUCUUCUGCUCAGAGAUGCUGAAGCAGAUGGGUCACAUGGGGUCCAACACCCGUGCCAAGAUGAUGGAGUGCAGUGCGCUGUGGUCUGACACGGACCUCAAGAAGAAACAAGAAUACAAAGAACGAGUGGAGAAGCUUAAAUCUCAGUACAAAAAGGAACUUGAGAAAUACAUCGAGAGCCUUCCGGAGGGAGAGAGAGCCAAGUACAUGCCCGAGCUUGAAGCCAUCGAGCGACAGUCCAAGAAGACACCUAAAUCCUCAAAUUCCACGUCCUCCCGCCUCAAACCCAAGAAGCCCGUCUCUGCCCUCUUUCUGUACACCCAAGAGCACCGGGACGCGUACCGGGACAAGAACCCAAGCAUGAGCGAGACUGAGGUCACGCGAACCCUGGCGCGGCAGUUUGGCGAGCUGUCCGAUCGGCAGAAGGAGAAAUAUCGGCGGAAAGCUCAAGAAGCCAGGAAAGAACAAGAAGAAGAGUCGGACGAUGAUGAAGAUGAUGAAGAUGAUGAUGAUGAUGACGAUGAUGAAGAGCCCAACAAGACGGGCGUGGACAUGUACACCAGCCACCACCUGUCAGCCUACAUGGCUGAGCAUGACUUAAAGAAGAGCGUGGCAGUCACCCGCCUGAAGGAGGCCUGGGAGAAGUUGAAGAAGAGCGAGAAGACACCCUGGAUGCAGAAGGCAGCUGAGAGCAACAGACAGGCCAAGAGGAAGUACCUGGACAGACAGCUCCUGAAGGGCGAACCAGACAAGCCCCUCAAUAGUGGCUAUCGAAUCUUUACGGCCGAGCACAUGCGCACAGAGGACAUCAAAGCCCUUCCCAGCACGGAGCGCAUUAAGGCAGUGGCCAGCAAGUGGCGCGACCUGUCGGCCUAUGGCAAGAAGCGCUACGAGGCAAAGAAGGAGAAGCUGAUGAAAGACUACAAGAAGGAGAUUGACAAGUACAGAAAGAGUCUCAGCAAAGAGGACAGGGACAGGUACGACGAGUUGAAGAAGGCGGGGCUUAGCAAGUAUUCGAGGGAAGUGACCAGGAAGAAGCUCCCAGUGAAGAGAAAGAAGAAGGCUGCUGCCUCAGAUGAAGAAGAGGAAGAAGAGAGUGAAGAGGAAGACUCGGAUGAGGAGUCUGAGGACGACUCGUCUUCAGCGUCCUCGGGGUCUGGCUCUGAGGCCAACUCCAGCGAUGCAGCCUCCGGCUCGGAUGAGGACGAGGAAGAAGAGGAAGAAGAGGAGGAGGAGGACGGGGAGGAGGCAUCCAGCUCUGGGUCCUCAGAUUCAUCCUCAGCAACCUCGGGCUCCUCGUCCUCGGAAGAGGAAGAGGAGGAAGAAGAGGAGGAGGAGGCCACCAAGGCUAAGGGGACCAAGGGCAAAGGUCAGGCAAAGGGUAAAGAAAAGGUAACUGUCAAGGAGGAGCCCAAGGAGAAUGGUGAGAAGGAGGACAGCGGAAGCUCCUCAGAGUCAGAGAGCUCAUCGAGUGAGGCCUCAUCAGAGGAGGAAUCUGAUUAAACUCCAAUCUCCUCUCGUGUUAUUUUUUUCUAUCACCUCCCUCGAGCCCUGUCGAGGGAGGCAUACUUGUGAAGCUGGAGUGUUGCUAUUGCAAGUAAAUCACAGGUCCUUGGACAAAAGUACAUGUAGUUGCAACUGUGAGAGACUAUGAAUGGUAACUUUUGUCACUGUUCACUUGAAUGACUUGACUUAGGACUAGAUGACUUGUGAGGACCUAUGAGGGACUUGACCAAAACUCUGAAAAACAAUAGUAUUUGUACAUUUCACUCUCAACUGGUUAACUCUAAUUUUUGUUGGUACUCAAACCGCUAGUUACAUGUAUCUAGUCAUGAAUAUGCAAAAAAAACCUCACCUGAAAGUUGAAUUCUAGAAAGAGGGCAGCAAUCACAUAACUUGUUCACCACGUGGACAAUUAACGAGCCACACAUAUGGCAUUUUCAACAAUAAAGAGGCUUGUCCUGCCAUGCAGUGCGACCAAUAUCAGAGAUCUUGAUGAUGGUUCAAGGAAACCAGACCAACAUACUGUUAGGCUCCCUGAGUUUUUUGCUUUUAGGGAAUAAUAGCAAAUCUGUCCCUGUACAGGUAAACGUUCAGUGUAUAAAAACGUGUAUUUCCCCCUAAAAACUAAUUUAAUACAGAAGUUACAAUUCUUUCAGGAGAAUUUAUUGACGGAAGUUGCCCUGUGUCGCAGAUAAUUUCAAUAUUACUGAUGGCUUUUCUGUUCCAAGUUUAACCUUUCUUUCGCAUUUUGAUGCUGACCGCACAACAAAAAGCACAAUCUGAAUGCUCACAGUGGCGCAAAGUUUUUGACCCUAUAUGGUUGAACAUGCACACAUUGACUUGACCAAUUUUUGCAUUUGUAUUUUUCACUUGUAAAACUGGGCACUCAUUAACAGGUGUUGGUUACUUUCUUGCAUGCUAAUAUGAUCAUUACUUUUUGUGAUUUGUUUAUUGGUAUCGAAUGUGAAUAAACUGAAUUUUUUUAACGAUGUUUAGAAACUACAGAGGUAAAAUGGUACUUUUUAAAAAACCAAAAUGGGCAUCACAUAACUAUAGAAAUUGAAAUGAUGCAGGAUUAAGGUACUUAUUUAUCCAUUUUAUUAUGAUACACUUGAAUCACAUAAAAUUCUUUCCUCAUUUAAACAUGUAACUGUACAGUGCGUAAAAGUACAGAAAUUUACACUUAAUUUACAUUUUUUAUCUUGUCUGCAAAACUUCACAGCGCAAUAGACUUGGAUGAAAUAUGAGGACAGUUUAUAUAAACACUUUUCUUUGUCAGACAAUGGGCAAGUUGCCUCUGUGGCAUUUAUUAAUUGACAGAUUUUUGCAGGAAAUUCACCAACAAAGUCGAAGGGAAACACAGUUUCUUAAAUGCCCAAGUGGUUGAUUUCCAUAAUAUCCCUCUUGGUUGACUUUUUGCUGAAAGAGGAAGUGAUUGCUUAAAACAAAUAUUUUAAGUUCAAAGUUGGGAUGGUUGAAAGUUCUUUUCCCUGGGAACGCUUUGAAUGUAAACCCAGGGGUGUCAGAUGUUAAUAUUUUAACUACAAAAAUAUACUUUUCCCCCUCUUUGUUGUGAAAUGUUGCCAGUGGUUUUAAAGUUUUAAAAGUAUAUGGAAAACUUGUUUUUGGUUUGUCUGAGCUGAGUCUGGUUGAUGUUCCAUGUUUCAUGUCAGGAAGUUGCCAAAAAAUUAGGAAGGUUCAUUGUUUUUUUAAUGUUCUGUGUUGUCUGAAGACCAAAACUGUUCAUGUUUCGGUGAUUUUAUUGUACUUUUGACUGAACAAAAGGAAAAGUGUUGUAUUAAAUAAAAACAGAAGGCUUAGGACAUUUUAAAGUCCACAUUUA